AUGGCAAUCCUCACCUGCCUUCCGGGGCUUGAGGUUGCCGUCGAGGCUGAUGGCCAGCGUGCCCAUGAAUACGACGCCGAUCCAGAGGAAGUUGAGUCGCGCGCCGAAGAGAUCAGCUUUCACCGAAUUCAGCAGACCCACCGGCGACGCCGCCAUGGAAAUCCCUACGUCUUGAAAUACAUCGAGGCCAAACCCGGCAAGCCCUUUGCCUUCAUCUUUGAUAUGAUGAACUGUCAUGAUUUCAGCACAGGGCCGAACAUCCAUUACACAUGUGUCAUGGACGGUUUCUGCACUGGGACGAAGCGAGUCUCUAGUGGUACCCGGGACAAAAGAUACUAUUGUCAAACUGGUAGUCAAGCCGCGGGCUGGAAGAAACACGAAUUUCGCUUCGGAAGCCUUAAUGUUCUUGAAGGAGGGGACGGUACUCAAGCUGAGAAGGCCAAGCAGUACGGCACGCUUCUUGUCAAACUUUUUCUCGCGGUCGAGACAGGCCGCCUUGAAGCUCCUUCUGACAGAGAUGGUCCUACCCUCAUCCACUCAGUACAUGAGAAGGACUUGAAGGGUAAAGCCGUUGACAGCAAGGUCAGCUUCGAUUCUGAACCCAUUGCGAACCCUCCCCCAUUUCGCAUGAGAGACUUUGUCGAUCCCUAUUACCGACCCAUCGCCGUCUUCGAGUUCCGUUACCGAACCAUGUGUAAGUCUCAACUCCAUCAGGGUCUCAUUCAGGAAGCCAUCGUCUCUCGCCCGACCCCUGUGCCCGACGAAGUUAUCGAUGCCGAGGAAGAGUACAAGGAACCCGAAAACGAUGCCUCCCGAGGUAUCAAGCGAGAAGCCCCCAUGGACGAUGCUCUAUUCGCUGCCCGGUACAAGCAACGCCGGUUGGAAAACGGAAAGAUCGAAAUCGAUCUGACGGACGAUUGA